AUGGCUGCUGUCGUAUUGACAACAAGCGAAGAGUUGGAGGGAAUCUGCUCGUUGAUGGACGCCUUGGAAGGAGACCACAAAGCCAGAGAUGCACUUCAGCUGCUACAGGAGUCCCAGGAAUGCGUUUUCUGGCCACCUCAUCCUUGGGAGCUAGCUGCAUGUCAUCGCAUUGCCGCCCUGUCCCUUUGCAGAGCCGGACGGCCCGCACGGGCCUUGGGCGAGCUCCAGGACUUGGGGCGACUUCUGGCCAACAUCCCUGGCUCAUUCUCGGAUCUCUUGCGAGAGGACGUACAAGUGCUUCAGCUUGAGGUUGAGGUGGCAGUAGAUGAACUGGCUCUGUCGCCUUAUCGCGCCGUGCCCCAUGGAAUGGCGGCAGAUGCCACCAAGUUUAUCAGCCCUGCAAAGAUCCUCCUCAUGGACAAGCUUGCCGCCGUUGCGGCGGUGCUGCUCACGGCAUGGAUUUAUGCUGACCGAGCACUUGUAUUCUGGACAGUGUUCCUUUCCCUGGCGGCCUUUCGGCAUUUCUGGUGGCGAGACAUGUCGGCGCAACCAGCACCGAGAGGUGCCGAACAGAGGAACUGUGCAUCUGGGCGGCCUCCUCAAGCCAACGAGGAGCUGGCUGCAGCGCGCCGAGCUGGCGUUCCGGCGGAGCACUUGGAGCAGGUGGCCGAACUUGGAAGGCGAGUGGCUGCGAGGGGUCAGAUGGAGCCUUUGUGCGAUCCGCUGAUGUUACUUCGUUUCCUCAAAGCGCGUGACUUUGAUGUCAGCGCUGCUGCCGUGAUGUAUCGGGCCACCAUCAAAUGGCGGGCAACCUUCUCCAUCCAGUCGGUGAUGAUGAUAUUCGGCACUGGUGAGCCCUACACUUUGGAUGGCAAUCGCGCGGCUGAAGAUCCGACAAGCUGGCGCUGGCAUCCAGAGUUGCAUUCGCGAGAAGCCUCGCUGGUGAAGAAGUACGGCUUUUUUGGCCGACUUUCGCAGCGUAGCGCUGGCGGCGAGCCUGUGGCCAUAUGGCGACUGGGGGCCGCUGACUUGGAUGGGUAUGUGCGCGAGGAUCUUGUGUCCAUCAUCACUCGCGGCUUUGUGUCGCACCUCGAGGAUUUGCUGCAGUGUGGCCGUGCGGAGUCCCUGCGCCAGGGCCUCAAAGUGCUGCAUGCUGUUGUUGAAAUUCUGAUCGCAACAUCCACCACUUUCCUGCCACCGCCCGCCAUGGAUGCCGGCCCCUCCGAUUGUGACAAGUUGUUGGCGCAGAGCGACGGCUUGGGUGCCCAACGGCUUCUGUGUGAUCCGAAGGCUUGGAGUGUCAGAAUUUCUGCCCUCGGAGCAGCCAGCCGUUGGCAAGACGCCUUGGACUUCCUUGCCCAGGUCCAACCUUCUGCAGACAUUGUGGUUUUCAAUGCAGCCAUUGCGGCAUGUGGAAAGGCUGGCCGGUGGUCACAAGCGCAAAAAGUUCUGCAGGAUGCAAUGCAUCUGAAUCUGACACCCGACAUCGUGACUUGGAACACCAUGCUUGCGGCAUGGGCAAGAUGUUCCGAGUGGCAUCGAUCACUUCAUCUGUUUGCAGACAUGCACGCAGGCGUGCCAGGAACAACUCGGAGCUUGCCGGAUCCGGACCUCAUCACCUACAAUUCAGUUAUUAAUGCAUGUGCAAAGGGGGCCUGCUGGAAAGAGGCCCUUGCUGUCUACACGGAGUUGGAUGAACACGACUCCGUGAGGGCUGAUGGGCAAAGCAACAACUCACUGCUCCACGCGCUCUGCCGCUCCCGACGAUGGCAGCACGCGCUGCUGGCGUUGUGGCAGCUCCUUGGCCGAGGCGCCGCUGUAACAACACCGGGCUUCAGCGCUGUCAUCAGCGCCCUUGAGCGUUGUGGUGGCUUCUGGCGCCAAAGCCUGGCGCUGGUGUCCCAUAUGCUGCAGAGUAGCCUCGCAGAUUCUCGAAGCUUCGAUGCUGCUAUCAGUGCCUGUGAAAAAGGCCUCCAGUGGGAGAGAGCUUGCCAGCUCAUCGUCACCAUGCGCUGCGAAAGCUGCUUGCCUGGUGUCCGUGGCUUUAGCGCUGCGCUCAGCGCCUGCGAAAAGUGCAGCGCAUGGACAGCUUCACUGGCCCUGCUGGCGACGAUGAGGAAUGAGGAGGUGGCACCGAACGCUGUAAGCUGUAGCGCGGCCAUGGCUUCAUGCUCCAAAGCGGGUCGCCUCAAAGAAAGCUUGGCUUUGCUGGAGUCCAUGGAGGCUUGGCAGAUUUCCCCGGACGCAGCUGCGUUUGGUGCUGUGUGCUGCGCUCUGACUCCAAGUCAUUGGGCGCUAGUUUUGCAGAUCUUUGAGCGGAUGGACCAGCAAAGUGUCGAAGCCGACGCUGCUCUCUGCGCGAAUGCAUUGGAAGCAUCUGUUUCGACGCCAGCAUCUUUGCAGACCCUGGCGCUGCCUCAGCGUACACUCCGCAGCGCACGAGCGCAGCUUCGGCGCAUGAGGGAGACUCUCCGGAGCAGCCGAAGGGACUCAGAGCAGGUGGCUUUGAAGAAGGACUUGGCAAUGGCUGCUCUCGCAAUGGACACGCUGGAGGUCUUGGAUGCCUGCGAGGGUGAGAUCACGGCUGCCUUUGCGUUCAUUGGAGCUAGUGCAAAGCGUGGCCUCGCUGGCUUUGGCUCGGCAUCGCUGCCUCUGAGCUGGCUGCCAAACCUGGGGAGUCACCAUACGAGGCUGACGCUGGAGGACUUCGGCUUGCUGGGCGAAGAAAACUGGCUCGGGGCAGCGCGGCGCGAGGCAAGGCGGGAAACACACACCACAAGGGGGCCCCUGGUUUUGGGAGCGAAGUCACUGACAGCCUGGGCAAGCGCUUGGUUCGCCUGCAAGCAGGGAAGCAAGUCCCGCAGCAUCGGCCACAGCGACCGGGGAGGCCGUCGUGUUGGGCUGCUGCCGUCUGUUCGCGCCGAACACGACAGGUCUGGGCAUGCAGAAAGGCAUGCCUUGUUGUCACUUCUUCUCGGUCUGGCUCGCUUGCCGCAGGGGAAAAAGAGUUCAAGCUGUCGCAAGCAGCUUGUCCAGGCACGGCUGCUCAUCGAUGCCAAAGGUUUAGGCUCACAAGUUCUGCGUCACCGCGCAGUGAUCCGGAAGAUAAUUUCCACCGGGAAGAACAACUUCCCGGAGGUGAACUUUUCUGUGACCAUCAUCCGUGCUCCCUUCGUCUUCGCCAAAUUGUGGGGCCUUGCGAAGAGCCAUCUGACGCCGGCCAUGCAGCGAAAGAUCUGCAUACUCGGCGAAGAUUUUGCCAGCGGGUUGCAGGAGCACUCUGGGUUGGACGGGUCUGUCCUUCCUGGCUUCCUUGGAGGACAAGGCCGCGGCCAAGAACUUUGCGAGGUGAGAAGCGUUCCAGUGCGUCUAGCAGAGGACGGCAGGGAUGGCUUCAUCGACGUCCAGUGA